AUGGUGGCCGGGACCCGCUGUCUUCUAGCGUUGCUGCUUCCCCAGGUCCUCCUGGGCGGCGCGGCCGGCCUCAUUCCCGAGCUGGGCCGGAGGAAGUUCGCGGCAUCCACUGGCCGCUCCUCGUCGCAGCCCUCGGACGAAGUCCUGAGUGAGUUUGAGUUGCGGCUGCUCAGCAUGUUCGGCCUGAAGCGGAGACCCACCCCCAGCAGGGACGCCGUGGUGCCCCCCUACAUGCUGGACCUGUAUCGCCGGCACUCGGGCCAGGCGGGCGCCCCCGUCCCCGACCACCGGCUGGAGAGGGCAGCCAGCCUCGCCAACACCGUGCGCAGUUUCCACCACGAAGAAUCUUUGGAAGAACUGCCAGAAGUGAAUGGAAAAACAACCCGGAGAUUCUUCUUUAAUUUAACCUCUAUCCCCACCGAUGAGUUUAUCACCUCAGCAGAACUUCAGGUUUUUCGGGAACAGAUACAGGAAACUUUGGAAAACAAUAGCAGUUUCCAUCACCGAAUUAAUAUUUAUGAAAUUAUAAAACCUGCAGCAGCCAACUUGAAGUUUCCUAUGACCAGACUUUUGGACACCAGGUUGGUGAAUCAGAACGCAAGCAGGUGGGAGAGUUUUGACGUCACCCCUGCUGUGAUGAGGUGGACUGCACAGGGACUCGCCAACCAUGGAUUUGUGGUGGAGGUGACCCACUUGGAAGAGAACCAAGGUGUCUCCAAGAGACAUGUCAGGAUUAGCAGGUCUUUGCACCAAGAUGAGCACAGCUGGUCACAAAUCAGGCCACUGCUAGUAACUUUUGGCCAUGAUGGGAAAGGGCACCCUCUGCACAAAAGAGAAAAGCGUCAAGCAAAACAUAAACAGCGCAAACGCCUUAAGUCCAGCUGUAAGAGACACCCUUUGUAUGUGGACUUCAGUGAUGUGGGGUGGAAUGACUGGAUCGUAGCCCCCCCGGGGUACCAUGCCUUUUACUGCCAUGGGGAAUGCCCUUUUCCCCUGGCAGAUCACCUGAACUCCACUAAUCAUGCCAUUGUUCAGACGUUGGUCAACUCGGUUAAUUCUAAAAUUCCUAAGGCGUGCUGUGUACCAACGGAACUCAGUGCUAUCUCCAUGCUGUACCUUGAUGAAAAUGAAAAGGUCGUAUUAAAGAACUAUCAGGACAUGGUUGUGGAGGGUUGUGGGUGUCGUUAGCACAGCAAAAUAAAAUAAAUAUAUAUAAAUAUAU